AUGCCGGUAAUCGAGAAAUUAACAAAUUCCUUGGCACAGAAAAUCAGUUUAGGGAGGCUUCCUCCUCCAGAGCCAGGAAUAUUUACUGGGAAUCCUCUAGCGUACCCUGGUUGGAAAGUAGCCUUUGAGACAUUGAUAGAAAGACAGGGAAUUCCAUCUGCUGAACUAAUCUAUUACUUGAAAACAUAUUUAGGUGGUUCUGCGAGGGAAUCCGUGGAAGGAUAUAUUCUGUUGUCCACAGAUGAAGCAUAUGAACAAACCAGAGCUUUGCUUGACAAACGUUUCGGGAAUUUAUUUAUUAUUGCCAAUGCCUUUCGCGAUAAACUAGAAUCGUGGCCAAAAAUAACAGGUCGUGAUGGUGUUGCAUUAAGAAGAUUUGCUAAUUUCCUGCGACAGUGUCUUACAGAUAUGAAAACUGUAAGUAGUUUCAAUGUGUUGAACGAUGAUUACGAGAAUCAAAAACUUCUUCUAAAACUGCCAGAUUGGCUCGUCUAUAGAUGGGGAAGAAUUGUAGCUGAGUGGCGGAAUAAGCAUCAGGCAUUUCCCCCAUUUUGCGAAUUUGUAUUCUUUAUUGUUAAGGAGGCAGACAUUGCGUGUGACCCAGUUACAGCUUUUUUCUCGAAAAAACAAAGCAAGACUGAAUUAGAACAUUCAAAUAAGUUUAAUCGAAAACGUACAACUGGAACUUCAUUCUCUACAGAGAUGAUGGUGACAAAGGAGACUGAUCAAAAUAACAUUAGUGUUGUUUCUUGGUGUGCUCUGUGUAAUGAAAAUCACGAGAUUGACAGUUGUAAAUCCUUUCUUGCAAAAUCUGUGAGUGAGCGGAAGGAGUUUGCAAGAGAGAAACGACUUUGCUUCGGUUGUUUGCAUGUAGGACAUCGAUCUGGAGACUGCAAGAAAAGGAGCAAGUGCAAGACUUGUUCAAGGUAUCACCCAACAUCUCUGCAUGGAGACUUAAGGGAAGAAACGACUACUACUCCUAAAGAGACUGUUGGUUGUAGCUACCAGCUCUUAUUCAAGUAUCGUGCAUUUGAGGAUAGCCAGAUAGGUGACAAGUUUUCAGUUUGGUUGUCACAUUGUGGUUGGCCAGAAUCAGAACGGUUGGUGUAUGCUAUGCCUGACACACAAUCCGAUACGACAUUUAUACUAGAACGUACUUGUGAUGAUCUGGAGAUAGUUGGACCUAGUGUUAACCUCAUGCUGUCAACAAUGUCUUCAAAGGAUCAGCGUGUCCAGUUUAGUGAUUCGUGGAUUUAA